CCAAGUUGGCAACAUCUAGAGACGGUCCCGACCCAACAGCGGGCUCACAGUCCCGAAGGGGGAGAAUCCCAUCUCCACUGUGUGUUUUCCACGCACCCAGCUACAGAGGGCCCUCCUGCCCCAGCUUCUUCACGUACACCCAAAUUCAUAUAUAUUCUCUGACUCUGUCACCCCCAAAACACACCCCUACCCCCAAGCUGGCCGGCUCCCUCCUGCAUCCCUAGCAACCAGCCCUGAGAUCACUUCCAGGUCAGGCCGGUCGCUGGUCUCCAUGGAGACGGAGUCAGCCACAAUCCGGGUGAACCUCAGGGAGUACUGGAGGUGGAGGCCGGAUCUUCUUCCCAGUCCCAUCCCCUCCCCUCCCCAAUUCUUUCUGCUCCUCCUCACCCCCCACUAUCCCGGGGUCUCUCAUCAACACCCCCCUCCGCCCCACCGAGAAGGCCCUCCUUUCACUCCCAACCUCCCGGGACCACCCCCAGCUCCCAUCUCCUUGUCUUUGUCCCUCAAAUCCCGUCUCCUCUGAGUCCCCCACUUCACACCUCCACAACUGAAGGUCCCUAAUCCUGUUUUGUCCCCCGGGAGACCACCCUUGGGUGGCCCUGAGGCUCGGGACAUGACUUUCCAGGAGCCCACGCCUCCGACCGCCUUGAAGCGCCCACUGCCGUGAACCUGCGGCCCGGAUCUGGCCGAAGCGAUCCCGGAUCCGAUCGGGAGUCGACAGAGCUCUCAAAUCCCAGCCCGAGCGUGCGGCCGGGAUGCAGGAGGCCGCGGAGCCGGGCGCCGUCCGGGCCCCGCUGAAGCCUGCGGGCCCUAAUCCCGCCGCCAACCCCCGUCUGAUGCGUCGCAUCAUCGCCGAGGACCCCGAAUGGUCGCUGGCCAUCGUGCCCCCACUCGCCGACCUCUGCAUCCAGCACAUCGUCGGCAACUUUGAGCGCAACCCCAUCUUGGAGCCCCUGCUCCCCGAGCACAAGCGGAAGGUUCUGGAGCUCCUGCCUCCCAGCCUGCCCCUGGCCGUGACGGCCAACCUCAUCGGCGACGAGGGCUACUGGCGCCGCUGCUGCGGCCAGCGCUGGCCCGUGUGCCGGGUGAGCUCCUACGGCGCCAGCUGGAAGCGGCUCUUCUUCGAGCGGCACCUGGAGAGCGUCCUGACCCGCUUCAUCCCGGGCACCAGCGACCCCGGCCUGGUGACGGCCCUCCUGCCCCUGUGCCGGGCCUACGUGCGCCGCCUGAGCCUGGACCAGCUCCUGCCCCCGGUGCGGCCGGACGCCCCGGGGCCCGACGACGACGGGGACGCGUCCGACUCGGGCAGCGAGGACAGCCGGGACGAGCCGGCCCGGGACCACCUGGACCUGGGCGAGGUGGUGGCCGGGCUGGACCGGCUGGAGGAGCUCCACCUGGUAUACGGCGUCCGAGACUGCGGCAUGAACUUCGAGUGGAACCUGUUCCUCUUCACCCACCGGGACUGCCGCUCCCUGGCCGGCGCCCUCCAGGCCUGCCGCACCCUCAAGGUGUUGAAGCUGACCCGCAGCAAGGUGACGGAUGAGAAGGCCCGGAUCCUGGUGCACAGCCUGCUGGACCACCCGGCCCUGGAGGAGCUGGAUCUGGCCCACAACCUUAUCGGGGACCGCGGGGCUCGGGCCGUGGCCAAGCUGCUGAACCACAGCCGGCUGCGCGCCCUGGACCUCGGUAACAACCGCAUGCGGGCCCCGGGGGCCCAGGCCCUGGCCCACGCCCUGGCUCGCAACGCCACGCUCACCUCCCUCAACCUGAGGCUCAACUGCAUCGAGGACGAGGGCGGGCAGGCCCUGGCCCACGCCCUCCAGACCAACAACACCCUCGUCGCCCUCCACCUGGGCGGCAACGAGCUGUCCGAGCCCACGGCCACCCUCCUCUCCCAAGUGCUGUCCGUCAACACCACCCUCACAAGGAUCAACCUCUCCUGCAAUCACAUUGGACCCGACGGCGGGAAGCAGCUGCUGGAGGGCAUGACUGACAACAAGACCGUGGUGGAGUUCGACUUGCGGCUGUCAGAGGUCGGGCAGGAGAGUGAGUACCUCUUGGGUCAGCAUCUCAAGGCCAAUCAAGAGGCCGCACGCCUCCAGGCCCUGUUACCUGGCUCGGCGUGGCCUUUCUCCUGAGGGAGCCGCCGCCUCGCCCACCUCCCCUCACAUCGACCCCCCUUGGCAGGAGAUUGGCACCCCAGGGUGGCCUCCUGAUGGCGAGGGGGGAGCAGAAAGACCAGACCCCUUCCCCCGGGCUUCCCUUCUUGCAGAAUUAUUUAUCGAAUAAAAUCUCUUC